AAUUCCACGUAUUCAUUUUCCAUUUUUCCGCGUCCUCGUGUCAUCUUCCCCCCUCUCUCUCCCUUCUUCUUCCUGUCACUGUUCUACAUCAUCCACUUUCCAGAAAUUAAACAUUCAAUUAAAGCUUCUCGGUUGCGCCAUCCCUACAACCUCUUUUCGAAUACAUAACCUUAUUCAAUAAUUGAUGCAAAUUCAGUUCCAAUUCUCGACAUUGCAGUUUCUCUCUCAUAGAAAACAGUUAUUGCAAGUCAAUAACACAUUCAUACCGUUUUGGAUCAUCAAUUUGAGCUAAUCGCAUUCUAUCGGCGGAGGUUCGAAUCUCAUUAGCGUCGAAAAGUUAGAGAUUUGAAGAGUUUGAAUUUGUUAAUUUUGGCGUGGUUUUGGAUCCGGAUGCUUUUAUUGCCAGAAAAAUGCAGCAGAUUUCGGAGACCCGAAGCCGCGCUUAUCUCACCGCUCUUUCUCAAGAAAUUCAGAAGAAGCUUCAACGAGCAGAAGUGAGUCCUUCGCUGCAGCGAAAUUUGUUGCAGGAGUUAUUUGCUGAUAUAGCGUUGGGAGUUGAUGAUCGUGCCAAAGAUAUAAUUCUCAGCAGGGGUGCAGAAACAAUAGCUCCUGUAGAAGAGGGCUUAGACGAUCACAUAUGCUUCUACGAUGUGCUUUCUGGCCAUUUUAUCCAGGUUCCGGAGGAUGGACAACCUAUUCUUGACUUGAUUGUGAAGCUAUGGAGCCAGUCAUUUGCAUCUCAUAUAUUUGCGCUGCUCUUCCACAAAUGGUUUUUUGAAGUUGAAAUUAAGGACUCUGAGAAGCUUCUACGUUACUCAUCUGCUCUGGUUCAAGGUUCUGCAAAUGUUAUUUGGAUGGACAUCCAGACCAACACUAGACGUUUCCAAUCCCUCUUUCAUUAUCUUCUUGAGGAUGUCGCAUUGGAUCAGACACGGGUAACCAAGCUUGUGCUACAGGCUCAGCGAGAUUUGUUUCUUCUAUUGUCGAGAUUUAUUUUCUUUUAUAAUGCGGUUGAUAAGCUUGGUGACUUUCUGAAUAACUUUCCUACUUUUCCAAAUUCUUUCUUGGUUGGUGGUCCUGCAGACAUUUUUGUCAUUGAGCUCACAGAUCAGCUUCAGAAGUUGAAGGUGGAGCCUGUUUUGCUGCAUUACUUGUCACAGAUUAAGGUUCUUCAAGGUUUGGAGCUCAGGAUGACUACUAGUACACGGCUGAAGACUUGCUUGUACAGCUUUACUUCUCCUGGAGGUCCGAUGUAUCCUACAAGAGCUGUUCGCCAUUCAGCUUGGGAUGCUUUGGAUGCACUUUUUCCUGUUGGGCAAUAUCCUCGGCAUCUCAUCAGUCUGUUCUUCCGGCUAUUGUAUCCGUGGUACUGGCCAUCUUCCUGUUGGCAUUUUGUAAUUUCUUGCAUAAAAGCUUUGUUUUAUUCUUUGAUAGGUUUGGUUGUCUCAAGCUGGGAGGUGUUUAGAGGACGUGAGGUGUCCAAGAGAGACAUGUAAUGUUCCAAAACACUGGAAUGAACCUGUUUGAGCCAAUCUCUCUUUUUCCCCCUUCUUGUGACUUUUUGAUGUUUUAAUUGAUUUUUCGCAUGUAUCUUUGUAAAUUCUCAGUGCGUGUUAUGGAGAUGUUAGAUACGUCAGUUGUGUUUGCUUUAAUAAUAAAAUAUAAAAUAAUAUAGAGUA